AUGCCAAAACGCAAGGACUCCAAAUUCAAAGCUUCUAUUACCCAGAAAGUUUCGUCUGCGCCUUCCUCUCCAGUAGCUUCUCUCGAUUCCGAAAAUGAGCCACUUGUCAUUCGUCGCCUUAAACGCCGAAAAUUCCUCGAAGACACUAGCGGUCCUCACGUCGAUAGAACGCUACGUACUCAAAUAAAUAAUCAGACUAGCAAGUGCCCGGAGGCGUCUUCCACGGGAAACAAAUCAAGAACAGCUGCAAACGCGAACAUGGAAGUUGCCACAGUUCAUGAUCAUAUCCUUCGUAAUUUCAAAUUGAGAAGAAUUGUAAAAGAGAAUCAUGGACACGAUAUAAACGCGUUGAGUUUUUUUUUUUUUAAUUUGGGCAACUACGAGGCACCCGUUAGGGUUGAGUAUAUAAAGUCGUAUGAUAAAGCUAACAGAUUUGACAAUGAGCACAUGGGAGAUCAUCUCGACAUAAUGUCCAACUUUGCUUUGAACAAAAAACCUGAAGAUGAACUACUAACAUGCUGCUGGCUCUGCAGACAAGAUGAUGUUCUACCAAAUACGAUAGCAGACAUCCAGAAGUAUCCUAAAGAUGAUCAGCAUUUGCUAUCUGCUUCGAGAGAUGGAAGUGUGCGGAUAUGGCAUGUGGAUGAUAAGUCUUGUUCGAGAUUAAAGCUUUGGUUGUGGUUAGUUGAUUACUCUGUUUCUUGUGGGUGUUGGCAUCCAUCGGGAGAGACAUUUAUUACUGGGAGUUAUCACGGCGAUAUAAGAUACUGGACUCCGCCCGAGCCACCGAAGCGUCAUCAGGAAUUGAUACUCAAACAUGUAAAAUUAUAUGCAUACCGGACAGAUCGAUCUGUCAUUGCGGCCGGAGACGAUGCUUAUAUAUGGUGA